CCCCGUUUUCCCUCGCGACUUUGAGUCUCGCCCGCCCAACCCUCCGCGACUCCCUCCCCCACCGACAUACCUACAUACCUACAUCCUCGCACCGGCUACUAGGUCGCUUGUUGAGGGCGACGCCUUCGCCUCCGCCUUCGCUUUUGCCUUUUGGACUCGGCCGCCGCCUCUCCCUCCUCCGCGCUCCCCGGCUGCUUCGACCAGCCCACUAAUAUCCCCCGCUUCUCUUCGUAAUCCAUGGGCGGCCGGUCGCCUCGAUCAAUUGAGCCAUGGGAAAUGCUUGCCAGAGUCAAACGUCGUAAAUUCGGCCAAGGGGGCGGCUACAUCCUCAACAUAUCAUACUGACCAUGGCGACGUCGCGAUAUCCACCGGCCGAUCUUCGCCGCCAGAUUGGGUCUCCGAGGCCCAAGGGACGCGAAAACAAAGAUACUCUCUGCCGAAACGUCCUCAUCUAUGGCCACUGCCGAUACGAAGAUCAGGGUUGCGCAUUCAGCCAUGAUCAAAACAAAACAAACUCCAACCAAGAAAUAUCAAAGAAGGCAUUGAACGUCGAAUCACCUUCAUUUACCCCCGCAAAUAUCCAAGCUGGAGGGAAGAAGCCCACAUUCUCUUCCCAGGCCGCUAGCGCCCCAGCUUUCACUCCACGCGGCUUGAGCACCGGAACCCCAACUAUAUCCCCAGAAAACGACACUGUUGCCUUUAACCCUGCCGCCAUCCGCGAAUUCACCCCUACCUUUGACCUCAAUGCCUCGACAACGACAAACGGCUCCGCCCAAGAUGGCGCUGUCUCCUUCGACCCCUUUUCCAUGUCCACUGUGAGCCAGGGCCUCUCCACUCCUCAAUUCAAUCCUUACGCCGAUGACCAUGGCGGACUGGGUGGCCAUGGAUCCAAUUACUUCCAGGCGCAAGGUGCCUUUCCCACAUCUCUCCAGCCUCUCCAACAUCACCUAUAUGCCCCUGUGGGACCCUAUCGAGAGGACUUGAUGCCGUAUCAUCGCAUGACUCAUGAUUUCUUCUUGGCUGAGAAGCUCCGAGAAGAGUAUCAAAAGAAGGCAGAAGCAUCACUGCAAGUCAUGCCCAAUUCCCAACUACCACAGCUGGACAAUUACCAUUCCCUCGUUGCAUUGGACACGACACAUAGGAAGAAUGCCAACGUCUUUGGAUACCCUAGUUGGGUAUACAAGGCUACAUCGACCAAGACGGGGAAUUUGUACUGCCUGCGACGGCUUGAGGGAUAUCGCCUGACCAAUGAACACGCCAUCAGAUUGGUCAAGGAAUGGCGCCGCAUCGACAAUGGGAGCGUGGUGACGAUCCUGGAUGCCUUUACCACUCGGGCUUUCGGAGACAGCUCUCUCAUUUUCGUCCAGGACUACCACCCGCUAUCCAAGACGCUUGCUGAGCUCCAUCUGCCGCCAAACCCUGCCCAUGGCAGCCGGUAUCACCAAAAAACACCUCUUUCGGAGGCCGUGCUAUGGGGAUACAUUACCCAGAUUGCCAACGCACUGAAGGCCAUCCAUUCUAUCAACCUGGCAGCACGGUGUAUCGACGCGAGCAAGAUCAUCCUAACGGAUAAGAACCGGAUUCGACUCAGCGCAUGCUCGAUUCUAGACGUAGUGCAGUUCGAUUCACGACGGCCCAUCCAAGAGCUGCAACAAGAGGAUUUCGUACAAUUCGGUCGACUCCUACUAUGUUUAACCACCAACACAUUGCCGAUCCACCUCUCCAAUAUCAAGAUAUCGAUGGAACAGAUGAGUCGGAGUUACUCGGUGGAGCUAAGGGAUACGAUCCUUUGGCUCCUCACGCCACAACCACCACCAGCGCAGAAGGGGAUUGAUGAGUUCAUCAGAGGGAUCGCUGGGCGCAUUGUCGCCACUAUGGACCAGAGCCUACAUGCCACUGACAAACUGAAUUCGGACCUAUACCGCGAGUUGGAGAAUGGCAGAAUCGCCAGAUUAAUGAUGAAGCUAGGUGCUGUCAACGAACGGCAGGAAUUCGAUGGCGAUCGUGCAUGGUCAGAAAAUGGCGAGCGAUAUAUGCUCAAACUAUUCCGAGACUACGUCUUCCACCAAGUGGACAGCAACGGAAACCCGGGUCUGGACAUGGGGCACAUGAUACGGUGUCUAAACAAGCUGGAUGCCGGGACGGACGAGAGAAUUUGCUUGACGAGUCGAGACGAACAGACUAGCUUCCUCGUCAGUUAUAAGGAGCUAAAGAAGCAGCUGGGCAACGCGUUUGGCGAGCUCGUCAAAGGCAACAAGUCUGGAAGGAGCUUUUAGGAAAUGGGCUGGAUGGCUACAAUCGGGCGGACGCCCAGAGCUAUGCAAGGGGACUUGAGGCGCUGAAUGAGGACACUGUAGAUUCCUUGAAGACAGCAUUGUCGACAACUUGGCUAGAGGACACGGAUUUUGAUUAUCUAGGAUCUGAUGGGGUCUUUCUAUCUGGCUGAUGGCGGCGCAACCAACCCUCAGAAGGGUGUCUCUGCGUGCUUCUUGUCACAGGGGUGGGAAGACAGGGUCAGGCGUUGGGCCAGCGUUGAUGUUGGUCCUUUGGGAUCUCGUAUGUGUCCGAGAGUUAUGUCUAGGCGAGGACUGGGCGAGAUGCGAAGCAGCGAGAUGAUAGUACU